ACCACCGGAGCACAAGCCACCAUCACCCCGUCAUCCUCGUCUGUCUCCGGGAAGAACGCUGGAGGUCCUCCGCCUCUUAGCUCCAGUCCCGCCAGCCCGGGUGGAGGCAGCUCGGACACCUGGCUGGACCAGAGAGACCCCAUCCGGAUAGCAGGAGCGCUCCAUAAUCUCCAUAAUCCAUUCCAUAAUCUUUAGCACUUGUCCAUGUCGAAGUCAACCCAGAUGCCACUGUCCAACAUCACGGUGCCAAAGCCCUCCAUAUCUCGGGUACCCAGCAGCAUGGAGGGCAUCAACCACGAGCUGGAGAAGGUCUUUAUUAAAGACAACGGAGAGAAGGAGGAGCUGAAGUCCCUAGAGGUUCCCGACGGUCGCAGGGCGCCCUUCCCACCCCAGCAGCGCAGCAGCAGCUCCCGGGGAAUGGACACCCAAACUCCCUCAGGUCCUGGGCGGUCCAGCAGUUGCUCCAGCUUGUCACCUUGCCCUUCACCUGCUUGUCCACCCGGAUCACAUGACAGCAGUCCCUACUCCACAGAGGAUCUACUGGACGAUCCCGAUAAAGACGGUGAAAGUAGCUCGCCGCUACCCAAAUUCGCCUCCUCGCCUAAACCCAACAACAGCUACAUGUUCAAGCGAGAGCCACCUGAAGGUUGUGAGAAGAUUAAAGCCUUCGAGGAGAUGAGCUCCCGGCAGUCCACGUCAGCAUCAACCCCCCUCUUCUCCUGCCCGGACAAGAACAAGGUCAACUUCAUCCCAACCGGCUCGGCGUUCUGCCCUGUCAAACUCCCAGGCUCCUUGCACCUCACGCCGACCGCGCAGUCCGAGGAGAAGUCAGGUCCGAGCACGGAGUCUCAGGCGGCGACAGCAUCAUCGCACGGUUUUCCCACUCAAGUCUCCACCAGCACCAGCACAGACGACCCCCCGGAGGUGCCCGACUCCCAGACAGACAGUCCGGCCAUCAGCUAGACAUGAGCACCAGGUACACCUUUAUGACGUGUGACCACUGACUCUCCCAAAAACACCUCAGCCUGUUCCAACUGGAAACUGUCUGUGCCGACCCCCGCUAACUCCUCCUAUAUCUCUGCAUGAUGUGGAAACCACGUCUCCGAACAAGACUUCCUCUCCUGCAUCACAAGGCAGCACUGCGUAACUUUCAAGUUUGUCAUCGUCUUUGGGAAGAAUAACAACUAUGGGAGGGAGCAAAAGGGUAUUUAUAUUUAUAUUUUUUGGGGAUGUUUUGUGUUGGGUUUCAAACAUUUGCGGUAUGAAUAAGCUCUACAAUCAAUUAUUCAUUCAUUUUCUACUGCGGGGGGUGCUGGAGAGGCGGGGUACACCCUGGACUGGUCGCCAGCCAAUCACAGGGCACAUAUAGACAAACAACCAUUCACACUCACAUUCAUACCUAUGGACAAUUUGGAGUCGCUAAUUAACCUAGCAUGUUUUAUUGGGAAUGUGGGAGGAAACCGGAGUACCCGGAGAAAACCCACACAUGCACGA